AUGAGUGCAGUAGCUAUGACGACUCUCCAACCUGUAAAUCCGAAACCUUUCCUCAACAGCCUCACUGGGAAGCCUAUUGUAUGCAAGCUGAAGUGGGGAAUGGAAUACAAAGGAAUACUCGUUGCUGUUGACGGCUAUAUGAACUUACAACUGGCCAACGCGGAAGAAUAUAUUGAUGGAAAUAAUACUGGAAAUCUAGGAGAGAUCUUGAUCAGGUGCAACAAUGUUUUGUACGUUGGAGGUGUUGACGGUGAUGCAGAAUCGUGA